UAGCUGUGGGCGGCUGUCACUUGGACUUCACGGCGACUCGAACAUGAGAGAACUACUCGUAUCAGUUUUCUUUUCAUUUCAUCGGAACAUUUUCAGUCUCCUUGUCCUUCCAUUGAGCCUUGAAACUCUGUAAACGACAUCAUCAUGACUGGGAGACGCUCUUCCGCGCGUAUUGCCGGACUCAAGUCCUCACAGGAAUCCUCCUCUCCACCUCAACCCAAAUCGUCGCCCCCUGGGAAGAAACGCAAGAAUGAAUCUAGCGGUACUUCUCCGACAGCCAAACGCGGCAAGAAAGCGAGCGAGCCAGAGCAGAAGAGUCUAGAGGAGACAAUGCAAAAUGGCAACAAAGCGGAAGAACCUGCCACAACAAAUGCCGAACAGCACACCAGUCAACCUCCCGCUGAAGAAGCGAAGGAGGAAAAGCCCGAUUCACAAGUUGGCGACAAGACCGAGUCCAAGCAGGAGGAUGAGAAGCCAGAUGCUGAAGAUACCAAGAUGACCGGCACUGGUGAUGGUGAAGCAAAGAAAGAGGAAGACUCACAGCCAGCCAAGAAAGAGCCAUCAGAGAAGAAAGAAGACACAGAGCAAGUCAAGACCAAUGGCGACGCUGUCGACCCCGGCGAGCGUGGAGACGACGUCUCAUCGAGCAUUCUCGAGAAAGGUAUCAUCUACUUCUUCUUCCGACCAAGAGUCAAUGUCGAUGAACCGCAAGACGUCAAUGAUGUCGCUCGCACGUACAUGGUGAUGCGCCCCAUCCCACUUGACGCGAAGCUCGGCGAAGGACCCAUCGGUGACGCGGGCAACUGCCGACUUUUGGCUGUGCCAAAGAAGGUUCUCCCAGUCAGCGGCAAGGACAGAUUCCUGUCGUUCGUCGAGAAGGCCAAGACCAGCUUCAAAGACCUCAAGGAGUCGUUCAUGACUGGAUCUGAAUACGCCACUAAGACUCAGGGAACCAGCCACGUACCACCAGUCACACCACUUGCUGAAGGUGUCUAUGCCAUCACAUCCACCGGUCGGGAGUCGCACAUCGCCUACAACAUCACUAUCCCACAAGAACUUGGUGAAGUCCAGAAAGAUCUCGGCAUUCAGGAGCGAGGAAGUUUCGUGACCAGCGUCAAGAACCCCAACAAACCAGCUCCUGCCGGUGCAAGUCUGCCAAAAGGCCCUGACUAUCCGCAAGAGCUGCUGGACGAAUUCAGAAGCCUGCGCUGGAAGCCGUUGGAGCCCAAGUAUCUCGACUAUCAGAAUACUCAAUUCCUCUUGAUCGGAGAAUCUCAUCACCACGACAAGGCUGUUGAGCAGAGACCCAAGGACGAGCGCCAAGGCAAUGCUCCGCCAGAAGAAGAGAUGGAGAAGUUGGAGGGCGAAAACGAGAUUCGAAUCAAGCAUCUGAAAGGGGACGAUUCAGUAUUUGUGGAUCUCGGCAUCACAGCCAAGGACUUCCCCAGGGUCCCGACGACCUGGUAAUUGCUGUCCUCUCGUCAUGCUGCAUGACGAGAAUUGGGUGGCCAACUUGGGGUUUGCGGUGUUGCAUGAUGAUACGGUGGAGCAUACCUUGGUGAUCGGUUGCAUAUGACUAAGAUUGAAUAGACCCCAUAGUCUCUCUCUCGCAGGCUGAACGCAAAGUCAGCUGUGAUGUACAAAACUCCAUUGAGUAUUAUCUCAACAGCCACUCCAUUUCCGGCAAGUGAUAAAUACUUCGAGGUACCUUGUCAAGGGAUAACAGGCCUAGGGCUGACCAAUAUGAUUCGUGCCUUGUUGAAUAGGUAGCUGUGGACUUGGCGAAGGCGAAUACGCUGGCUGAGAAGAAGCUUAUACGCAACUGCAAAGGCGAAUACGCAAUUGGGAAAGACGAAUACGCAAGAGUGCCAUACGCUUGACUACCUUAGCCAGGCCAAGCAGAUAAGACUCUCUGGACACGAUAUGGAUACUCCCUGUAGCCAUUGUCUCGGAGAAUGAAGUGGGUCCCAAUGCUACAAUACUAUGUAGGUAUGUCACUAUGUAGGUAUGUCAAUAUGUAGGCAUGCCGCUAUGGAGGCAUGUCAGUAUGGAGGCAUGUCAGUAUGGAGGCAUGUCAGUAUGGAGGCAUGUCAGUAUGGAGGCAUGUCAGUAUGGAGGUAUGUCAGUAUGUAGUACACGAGGAGUGUUGCUUACCGGAGUGUGCGCGAGGAGUGUGGGUUUCCGGCUUCAUACUCGACCUAUCUGACGUGUGACCGUGAGGACAGACGCUGACUUCACGAGUAUAAAACCAGGGCGUAGUAGCAUACCGGGACCUCCAGAAGACAUUGUCUUUUUGGUAGUACGACAAAUUGUAGACCGACAACAAG